AUCUCCGUCCCGCUCAUCAGCGUCUUAGCUGCUUCCCUCAACGGCAGAGCUUCCAUCCACAGACGGAAGGAAACACAGAAAGGGGGAGAGAGCCACCUUCUUGUUCUUGUUCUUCUUCUUAGUUUUUUUUUUCUUCUUCUGAGAUUUGCUUCGUCAUGUCAUUCGUUAAUUGGAAAGAAUGACGUCAUUCUUAUCUUCCUCCAUUCUAACGGACAUCCGUCUUCACCAUCCCUACUCUUCCCCUCCUUACUCGUCCUGCAAAAUCCUUCCCCUUAGGGCGCUACUGCUUAAUCUGAACAGCCGCCCGUCUCUCUUCUUCUCGUCCUCCUCUUCAUCUUCUUCUUCGUUCAAAAACUCCGCCCCAGUAACCGACCCGAAUUCUGGUCGGCCUUCGACAUCGUCCACCAACUAUUCGAAGUCGACCCGUGAACCGUCUUCACCAUGGUUGAGCAGAUGGGGACCGGGAGCGGGACUGGGACCGACGACUGUGGAACCCACUAAAGGAACCGGCGACGCGGGCAAUGGGCGUCAAUUUGACGUCCAGCAUCAACCCAGGAGCCCCAUUGAGAGGAUUGUGGAGAGGUUGAGGAAUUUGGGGUUGAGUGACGAUGAGGAGGAGGAAGACGACGAUUUGCUUCCUUGGGAGGAAAAGGAUGGCGAUUUGGGUGAGAAGGAGCUGGGUUAUCUCUUACAGAGGAAAUGGGAACGACCAGACAGAACUGGGGAUCAUGCUGCGAGUUCUGAGCCUUUGCUACCUUGGGAGAGAGAUGAGGAAGGACGUGGAGAGGUGACGGAUUUGAAGAAGAGGGAGAGGCGUGUGAAGGCCCCGACCUUGGCGGAAUUGACGCUUCCGGAUGAGGAGCUGAAGAGGCUGAGAAAGUUGGGGAUGCUUCUUAGAGAGAGGAUAACAAUACCAAAAGCUGGUGUAACGCAGGUGGUCUUGGAGAAGAUCCAUGAUAAGUGGCGGAAAUCGGAGCUGGUUAGGCUGAAAUUCCACGAGACUCUUGCCCAUGACAUGAAGACUGCCCAUGAAAUUGUUGAGCGCCGAACAGGAGGACUUGUGAUAUGGAGGUCAGGAAGUGUUAUGGUAGUGUACAGAGGAAGCAACUAUGAGCGACCUUUAAAGCCACCAAAUUUUGGUGAAGAAAGUGUUUCCAAAGAAGUUUUACAUGAGGGAGAUAAAUUAUUUGUACCAGAUGUUAUUUCCACUGAGAAGAUGAUUAGUGACAAUGGAACGGAUUCUGAUACUGCAGUCAUAGAAAAGUCUAAGCCCUCUAACACGAGCAUUCAGCAUGUUGAGAAUUUGACAGCUGAAGAAAUGGAGUAUAAUAGUAUCCUCGACGAGCUAGGUCCUAGGUUUGUGGAAUGGUGGGGCACAGGAGUACUACCUGUUGAUGCUGAUUUGCUACCUCCACUGAUUCCUGGUUAUAAAACGCCUUUUAGGCUUCUUCCAACUGGAAUGAGAUCACGACUGACUAAUGCAGAGUUGACAAACCUACGGAAGCUUGCAAGAAGACUUCCUUGUCAUUUUGCUCUUGGGCGGAAUAGGAAUCAUCAAGGAUUGGCUACUGCAAUCAUGAAGCUUUGGGAGAAAAGUACAGUUGUUAAAAUUGCCGUCAAGCGUGGUAUCCAGAACACAAAUAACAAAUUAAUGGCUGAGGAAUUGAAGAAGCUUACUGGUGGUAUUUUACUGCUUCGAAAUAAAUAUUACAUUGUUAUUUAUCGGGGGAAGGAUUUCCUUCCAUCAAGUGUGGCAUCUGCACUGAUGGCACGACAAGAGCUGACAAAAGAUAUUCAAGCCAAUGAAGAGAAAGCACGUAGUGGACCAAUUGAAUCAAUAGAGGUGAAACCAGAAUCACAGGCUGGCACACUAGCUGAAUUCCAGGAGGUUCAAGCACGUUGGGGAAGAGAAAUUGCUGCUCAGGAGAAGGAGAAGAUGAUGGAGGAGGCUUCUAGAGCUAAGAAUGCCAGAUUCAUCAGGAGAAUUGAACACAAGCUAUUUCUUGUACAAGCCAAAAAGUUGAGAGCUGAGAGACAGCUUUCAAAGAUAGAAGUAUCAAUGGUGCCAGUUGGGCCAUCAGAUGAUCAAGAGACAAUAACCGACGAAGAAAGGUUUAUGUUCCGCAGAGUUGGUUUAAGAAUGAAAGCUUACUUACCUUUAGGUAUUCGUGGUGUCUUUGAUGGUGUAAUUGAGAAUAUGCAUUUGCAUUGGAAGCAUAGGGAAUUGGUGAAAUUAAUUUCCAAGCAAAAGACUCUUUCAUUUGUUGAAGACACUGCACGAUUAUUAGAAUAUGAGAGUGGUGGAAUACUGGUGGCUAUUGAAAGAGUUCCAAAAGGGUAUGCAUUAAUAUAUUACCGGGGAAAGAAUUAUCGGCGACCCAGCACCUUGAGGCCUAGAAACUUAUUGACAAAGGCAAAAGCCCUUAAGCGUUCAGUUGAAAUGCAGCGGCAUGAGGCACUCUGCCAGCGAAUACAGGAACUGGAGAACACAAUUAGACAGAUGAAGGUUGAACUUGGAGAAUGUUCAGAUACAGAGGACAAGAAUGUCUGCAAUUCUGAUGAAGAGGAUGAAGACUAUGAUUCUUCCUACAGUGACUAUGACUCCGAAGAAGAUGGGGAAUCAUAGAAGCAUGGUCUUGUUUCAGUCAAAUGAAGCUUGACUUAAGAGGAACUUGUACAUACUUGACCGGCUAGAGGAUCUGUAUUCUGAAUCAAGUUAUUGUAUGUCUAAAUGCUGAAAGAGUGCAACUGUGGGACAAUUUUCAACCGCAGAUGCUCCAAUUGCUUGUCUUAAUUUAUUUGCUGCUUUUAUUGCUAGAAAAAUUUUCUUCUUUACUACGUGGACCCGAACAUUGAUGGUUGUAGAGGAAUGAUAUUCUUAUGUUUUUGUUCAUCAAAGAGAAGUGUAGUUGUUGUAAACUGACUGCCAUCCAUGACAGUUGAUAAACUUGGAAGUUAGAAAACAUCUUUCUUUCAGGA